AUGCGCGCAGUGCUGCGGCUUCACUCCUGGUCAAGCAAGCGACGUGCGUGUGUACCGCAGUAUGCGACUGGUGUCCCCCACAAAGACGGUAGCGACGUGUGCAGACGUCUUGUGCCGUUCUCGUGUCGCACAGCGCACUUGUUGUGCCGUUCGGCCGUCCCCGCGUCUUUUCAGUUGCCACAGCUGCAGCGCUGCCGUGCACCGGUCCGACGGCAUGGCCACAGUCCCGGGCGUUUUCUGGAGACCGAAGAACGGGCAGAACAACAGCGAAUGUUGCGGCAGCAGCUGUCGGCGGAAGACGUGAAGGCGGCCGACCGCAUCACAUGGGUCGGCGUGUGGCUCAACGUGGCGCUCAGUGGACUGAAAGGGGCAGCUGGAGUCGCGUUCCACUCGUCUGGACUGUUGGCAGAUGCCGCCCACUCGAUCGGCGACUUGGUGAGCGACUGUGUGACUCUCGUGACGCUCAAGUAUUGCGCUCGCCCGCCCGAUGCACUGCAGCCCUAUGGAUACGGCAAGUACGAGACGAUCGGUGCCUUGUCCGUCUCGUUGCUGCUGGUGGGCGGGUCAUUGGGCAUUCUAAUACACUCGCUGGACUCGCUGCUGGUACUACUGGAGCCCGUCUCGACGUCGACGACCGUGGCCGACACGACGCAAGUGGUCGCGUUGCUUGACCACGUGACAGUAAAGCCGAUGGACGGUGCAGAGCGUUUGGCUCAAGCGGGGCACCCACACGCGCAUGGCGUAGGUCUGCAUCCAGCUGCACUGGGCAUUGCUGCGGUGUCGGUGGUGGCCAAAGAGGCGCUGUUUCGCACCACGUUUUCCAUCGGUCAUCGCGUGCACUCGUCCGUGUUGAUUGCCAAUGCGUGGCACCAUCGGAGCGAUGCAGUGACGAGCGUUGUGGCGCUGGGCGGCAUUGGCUUGAGCCUUGCAGGCUUCCCGUUGUUCGAUCCGCUUGCUGGGAUUGCUGUGGGUACAAUCAUCUGGAAGAUGGGCGUCGAGAUGGGGUGGCAGCGGGUCAAGGAGCUGUGCGACGCCAAAGUACCGGAUCCCGUCCUCGAAAGUAUCGCUAGCGCUGUUGGCGACGUGAUGAACGCAAGUAAGGGCGAAGUCGUUGGGGUUCGUCGACUGCGUUGUCGCAAAGUCGGUCGGCAUGUGCACGCGGAUUUGACUGUACUGGUGGAUGGCGCGUUGCCAGUGCACGAAGCUGUCAAGUGGCAGCAGGAGGUCAAGAGGGCCAUUGAGCACAAAGUGCCGCCUGUCAACGACAUUGUGGUCGAACUUGCCACAAAUGCGACAUCUGCCGAGGUACGGGAAAAGAACGCGCACGCAACACGCAAUCGUCACGAGUAG